AUGGCGUGGAUAGCGGGAGGGAUGAUCUCGAUAGCAGUAGUUGCUGCCGCGGUGCUUGUCUACCAGCUGGAUCGAUUCGACCCGGCUCCGUAUCCGGAUCUGGGCAAUGGACCGCCUUUGUUCGUGCCCAAACGAAACACACACAUGCUGCGGGGAGCCGAAAAGAUUGGGUACGGUCAAUUGACGGCGCCGGAGGACAUUGCUUUCGAUCCCAAGACUGGCCUUAUAUACACCGGUUGCCAAGAUGGGUGGCUCAGCCGAGUUAGUCCCGACGGUUCAGCCGUCGACAAGUGGGUCAACACAGGCGGCCGCCCGCUCGGAAUCGUUCAUGGCCUUCACGGUGAAGUCAUCGUUGCCGACGCUGAUAAGGGGCUACUGAACAUAAGCAGAGAUGGGGUAGUUGAAUUGCUGACAGAUGAGGCUGAGGGUCUUAGUUUUAAGCUAACUGAUGCUGCUGAUAUUGGUCCUGACGGCGUUAUCUAUUUCACUGAUGCUUCGUUCAGAUACGGUUUUAAGGAGCAUAUUCUCGAUCUUUUAGAAGGCAGACCCAACGGCAGACUUUUGAGUUACGAUCCAUCGACAAAACGAACACAAGUCCUUGUAAAAGAUUUAUACUUUGCCAAUGGUGUUACCGUCUCUGCAGAUCAGAGUUUUGUUAUUUUCUGUGAAACAUCAAUGAGGAGGUGCAAAAAAUACUACAUACAAGGUCCAAGAAGAGGAUCUGUAGAUAUAUUUAUCGACAACUUACCUGGAUUACCUGACAACAUAAAAUACGAUGGUGAAGGCCAGUAUUGGAUUGCGUUGACCACGGAAGCAUAUUUUUGGGUGUUAUUACAAAGACAUCCCUUCAUUCGGAAGGUGAUUGCUAUUAUGGAAAGAUACAUAGGACGACGGCCGAGAACCGAGAAAGGUGGAGGGGUUAUUGCUGUUGAUUUGGAUGGAAAACCAACCACACACUAUUAUGAUCGGGAACUCUUUCUUACAACAACCGGUGUUAAGAUUGGAGAGUUUUUGUACUGUGGUUCUUUAGUCUCUCCUUAUAUUCUUCGCCUCAAUCUAACUCAUUAUCCUGCAACUCCUGCAGCAUGA